AUGACCUGGCGUUUUAUCCGGUUAAAACCUGGGACGCUCCCAGGGGGUUUUGCCCCCCACCCACAGGGUCGUAGGCCCCUUUCCCUGUUCCCCCGUAGAGUAGGGUUUCAGGUAACCCCCCACUUGGGAGCCCUUUCAGGGGGGUUCCUGGGUCAUCCAAAAUGGGUUGGGGUUUUAUCCUUUGGGGGGGAUGAAAAACCCAAAGCGUGUGGGUAUUCCCUCACCGAACCCAAUCCCGGGGCAGGGGGGGUUCAUAGGUCAGUCCAAAGGGUUUUGGGUUUUAUCCUUGGGGGACUGUGGGAACCAGCGGGGGGUUUCCCCCUCACCGAACAAGUCCAGGGGGGCAGGGUUUUUGGGUCACACAUGACCUGGCGUUCUUAUGGGGGUUUAAAACCGGGGAUGCUCCCAGGGGGGUUUAAACCCCCAGUCCACAGGGUCACUGUAACCACCCAUUGGGAGCCCUUCCAGGGGGGUUCACUAGGUCCCCAAAGGGGUUUUGGGGGUUUUUAUCCUUUGGGGGACUGUCGCAACCAAGCGUGUGGGUAUUCCCUCACCGAACCAAUCCACGGGGAGGUUUUGGGUCACACUAUGCCCCGGGCGUUUUUACCCGGGUUAAACCGGGGACGCUCCCGGGGGGGUUUGGAACCCCAUCCACAGGGGGGGCCCCACCCCCGGGCCCCUUUCCGGGGUUACUGGGGCCCAAUUUUUGGAUCCCUGCCCCCAUUGGGUACCUCCCAAAAGACCCUUUGGGACACCUUGAUGGGUUCAGGGUUCCACCCCCAGGGGGGCCCCCCUCCCAGGGGGGGCCCCUUCACUGGCCCCCGCCCAAAAAGGGGGGUUGGACACCACCCACGGGAGCCCAUCCUUGGGGGCCACAGCCCAAAGAUGGGGGUUCAGGAAACCCCACCCCUUGGGAGCCCUUCUCAGGGGGCUGCACUAGGUCAGUCCAAAGGGUUUUGGGGUUUUUAUUUUGGGGGACGUCCCAAACCCAAGCGUGGGGUAUUCCCUCACCUAACCAUGUCCAGGGGGGCACGGUUUGGGUCACACUAUGACUGGGUUCUACCCGGGGUUAAAACCCGGGGCGCUCCAGGGGGGUUUAAACCCCCAGCCCAAGGGUCACUAUGGGGUUCGGGUACCCCACCCACUGGGAUCCCUUUCAUGGGGGUUCAAGGUAGUCAAAUGGGUUGGGUUUUUAUCCUUUGGGGACUGUCGAAACCAGCUUUUAGUAGGGUUCAGGUACACCACCCACUGGGAGCCCUUCUAAUGGUGGCUUCACUAGGUCAGCCCAAAGGGUUGGGUUUACCCUUUUGGGGGACUGCGCAACCAAGCGUGUGGGUUUCCCCCCCGAACCAAGCCCCGGGGCCUUUUUGGGUCCACUAUGACCUGGCGUUCUUACCCGGGGGUUUAAAACCUGGACGCUCCCGGGGGGGUUUUAAACCCCAGUCACAGGGUGGGGUUUCGGUACACACCCAUUUGGGGACCCCUUUUCUCAUGGGGUUCACUAGGUCAGCCCAAAAAGGGUUUUUGGGUUUUUAUCCUUUGGGGGAUGCGCAACCAGGGUGGGUUUCCCCCAAACCCAAAGUCCACGGGGCAGGGUUUUGGGUCACACUAGAUGGCGUUCUUAUCGGGUUAAAACCGGGGACGCUCCCAGGGGGUUUAAACCCCGUCCACAGGGUGUAG